CUCAUAUUUUUUAUUUAGCCCUUGUAAAGUAAAAAUUUGCUUAUGUACCUAUUCUGAAAUCACAAUAAUAAUCAUCUUGAUGUCUAAAGUACAUUGUACACAACAGUACACAAAGCCGUAGUCACUAGUCAGUCGUAUCAGUCGCCAUAGCGGCACUUGGAAGUACUUCAGUGACUUUUUUCUCAACAACAGUGAUUCCUGGAUUAAUCUCCACAAGUUUUAGCAUCAUUUUAUUAUUUUAAUGUUUAUUCUUGUCUAUUCCAAUCAAGAGUUAACAAUUGUGAAUGUAUUAUAGCAAGAGGUUACUAAUAAACAUUAUUUGUUCUGCGUUAUUAGUAUCAACAUAGUGAAUCUAUUGUUAGUUACAUUAACAAAAUCCUGUAUGUCAUUUCAAGAUGCAAGGAACAAUUAUUGAAAACUUAAGUGGCAGAAAACUUUCUGUACUUGUUAUUCUAUUAAUUAUUGGACAAGUCAUCUGUUUUCUAAUUGGCUGUAUUGUUGCUCCAAGUCCAGCAACAAGCCAAAUGAUUCUUGGUACAACAUGUCAAGAUGAUCGUUCAAAUGGAACUGAACCUGAUCAGUCAAAAUGGUAUUACCCACGUGGAGAAGGAUCUUGUAAACAUGAUGAUAGGGAACAUGACCAUGAGAAUCGUUACAAAGCAUUCCAAGUUGUCUACACAUUCCAGAUGCCUAUUCCUCGAAGUGGAAUGAUUCUUGACUACUCAAGAUGGCAACAAAAUUUAAUUGGUGUGCUCCAAAUUGACAUGGAUUUUAGCAAUCAACUUCAAAUUGCUCCACAAACACCAAUUGUUUUGGAUGCACGUUUAGCUUACAGAAACAAAGAAGAUUCUGAUAAAGACUGGAAACCAUAUGCAUCAUCAAAAGUUACUCGAUAUCUUGAGUGUACAUCACAUGAUGAUGCUCAGCACCGUGCCAAUUGUGGAACAAUUCCACUCAUGGAACUGGGCUCACUGUAUCACGAUUAUUAUCUAUUGAAUAUUCGUCUGCCUCUUGAUACUGAUAAAAAUAUCAAUCAAAAUCUUGGCACCAUCGGUGAUAUCUGGCUAACAGUUAUCAAUCAAAGUGGAGGAUUCACCAAGGUCUGGGUCAGCUUAAAAACAAUUUUCUUUCCAAUUGUUUUAAGUGUUCUUUUCUGGUAUUGGCGACGUGUUAAUAUGCUCUCACGAACUCCAACACUAUUGGAAUACAUGUUGCUUGCACUAGGAUCUGCAUUGUCAUUUUUAAAUAUGCCGUUGGAGUAUUUAACACUUUCUUAUGAUAUGCCUUUUAUGUUACUUCUCAGUGACAUUAGACAAGGUGUAUUUUAUGCAAUACUAUUGUCAUUUUGGUUAGUUUUUGCUGGUGAACAUUUGAUGGUACAAGAUGGUGAACAAAUGAGUAGCUUAAAAACAUAUUGGCGUCAUUUAAGUGCAGUAUUUGUUGGAUGUCUAGCAUUAUUUGUUUUUGACAUGUGUGAACGUGGUGUUCAAUUGAGAAAUCCAUUUUUUUCAAUUUGGGUUACAAGUUUUGGUACUAAAUUAGCAAUGACAUUUAUUUUACUUGCUGCAAUAUCAGCUGGAACAUAUUUGCUAUUUUUGACAUAUAUGAUUUAUAAAGUAUUUAUCAACAUCAGUGUUAAAAGACAAGCAUUACCAAGUAUGAGUUCAGCUCGUCGUUUACACUAUGAAGGUAUUAUUUAUCGUUUUAAAUUUUUAAUGGCUGCUACACUACUUUGUGCAUCACUUACAAUCAUUGGAUUUAUUCUUGGACAGGCUUCUGAUGGUCCUUUGAGAUGGAAUGAUGAUAUUGAACUACAACCAAUAUCUGGAUUUUUUACUGGUGUUUAUGGAAUGUGGAAUAUUUAUAUCAUUGCAUUGUUAUGUCUUUAUUCACCAUCUCAUAAAAAAUGGCCAAUUGAACCAUCUGAUCAAAGUUUAAGUGAAGAAAUUGAAUUUGCAAGACUUCCAAAUGAACCUAAUGAAAUGCUAUCACUCACAGCAUUUGCACGUAAAACUGCAACUGAGUAAGAUCAAUUUUAAAAAUUCCAAGAAAAUAAAAUUAAAUAACUACCUGUUUUUUUUUUUUUUUUAUCUAAUUUUUUUUUGUAGUAUUUUAUUUUCUUAUCGAUACUGACAAUACAGUGAUAUUACACUCUAUAACAUUUUACAAAAUACUGGACGCACAAAACAAUUUAAAAAAAAAACAAAACAAUAUUUCAUUUGUACAUUAGAUUUUUUUAAUUUUGUGCUCUUGAAUUUAUUAUCUUAAAAAUGAAAGUAUUAUAAUCCAGAUAAAUGUGUAUUUAAAAGUACUUAGAUGAGUUACAUAUACAGAGAUUAAAUAAUUCAUAUAUAUUGUUGUCGUCAAUAUAAUAUAAAUCUUUGUAAGCACUCAUUAAUGAGAAUAUUAUUAAUUAAUUAAUUUUUAUAUUAUAUAUACUUAAUUAAAUUUUAUUCACGUGCAGCUGUCAUUGUAAUACAGUUUAAUAUUGGGACAUUUUAAUUUAUUCAUUUAGUUACUUGUAUUAUUAAAUAUACAAAAUAUAAAAAGAUCAAAAAAACAUGCUAAAUGUUAUAGGUUUUUUUUUAAAUUCUUUUUCAUGGAUAAUUAAAGUCGGGCUUCCUGCAAAGAUUGACAAAUUAAUCCUUGGAAACAAGGUGCAAUAAUACAACAUAAAAUUCAAUCUGUUUUUUUUUUCUUAGAUUUUACUGUGCCA